AAGCUGCGGUUGCGACAUCCUUUGGCUCGCCCUCUGGAUUCUCGAAUACCAGGAGCUUCGAGUGCGAAGCCACCGGAAGCCGCCCGGCGGCAAACGUCACGUGGUUCCUGGACGGAGUCCCGGUAGACCCGGCUUUCACUCGCAGCGUGUCCGCGGGCAACGUAACCACAAGCAUGCUCCUUCUUCCGGCGUCGGCGCAGUCGGGACGGCUCUUGGAGUGCCGGGCAAUCAACGGAAACCUACCCGAGAGCAGAGGAGUGCUGAGCCGCUUCCUCAAGGUGGACAUGUCGCACAAAACGGAGGUUGCCAUCCGCCUCGGCGUGGGUCUCAACUCCAGCUACAUUGUAGAAGGUGCGGACGUCUACAUGGAGUGCUCGGUGCUUGCUGCUUCUAAAGUCGUCGAGGUCAUCUGGCGUCACGAGGGAACGCAAAUGAAGGGACUCGCUGGCGACGCUGGUCCGAUGCUUUGGUCACGGCUCGCUACCUGGUCAUCCGAGGGGUGACCGCCGACCAGUCCGGGCGUUACACCUGCACGGCCAACACCGCUGACGGCGAGAGCGUGGAGAGCGUUCCGCUGGAACUUCGAGUGAGACACGCGCCACGUUGCGGCGUUCGUCGAGACAAGGUCCUGGCGGUGAGGCCGAACGAGCAACUGAACGUGACCUGCGACGUGAGUGCGGAUCCCAGCGAAGGGUUGCACUUCUUUUGGAUAGCCGAGGAUGACGCCGGCAAGAGGCGUCACGUGACCCGGACAGAGGGUACCACCGCCGGAACCCAAUACUCCCAGUCAGGAGAACGACUUCCAGAACUCCAGAGAUCGAACCAGCUCGAAGUUUUGGUCGAUGCACACUUAUUUCACGCGACGCUGCUCUGCUGGGCGAGAAACGCCGUGGGCACGCAGCGCGAGCCUUGUAGACGCCGGUUUCAGAUACGA